GCCAGCUAGCGGUGGCCGGUGCGGUCCGUGGAUCCCGUGGUCGCGAGUUCGAGGUGUCCCCAGGCGCCUGGACAGCCCGCUCAGGUAUCACAUCGUCUGGCAGCGACCGAGGGUUGAAGUCUGCUGGAAUACGCCCACGAGACUGCAGCAGUGAGGUGAACGGCGCACCUGGCCAGGAGCAGCGGCGCGGAGCCUGCCAGAAGCAGAAGCGCUAUGCCGGCGGGAGGUGUGUUGGCCAGGGCGGCUGAGGCGUGCAGCUGAGGGCGCUGUGCCGGCGGCUGGCAGCUGGGCUGGGCUCGCAGCAGCCAUGACGUGAGGCGCGGAGCAUGGCCCUCACCACCGGCGUACCGCAGGUGAACGCGAAGCGCGCCACGUACCGUCAGCGGCGGAUGGGCCCUGCGCCCUUCGCCUCGCUGGAGGACCUCAGCGACGACCAGGACAGCCCGCCGCCCAGCGGCGGCGGAGGAGGCGGCAGCGGGGGCGGCAAGCUGCCGGGCAUCCGCGAGGAUCCGCAGCCGUCGUCGUCGCUGCACACGCCGUCCACGCCGCGCAUCGACAUCUCGCGCGCCAGCUCCAGCUCGCACCACGACUCCAACAACAGCUCGCCGGAGAGGGAGCUGUUCGCAGGUGAGGUGCCGUGCAAGCUGGGCCUGGGCUUCAAGGAGGACGCGGCGGACCUGCGCUCGAGCACGGAGGAGCUGGACCUGGGCGACGACGACCCGGUGGGCUGCGAGGAGCGGCCGCGCAGCCGGCGCGGCUCUGCGCGCUCCGCCCGCGGCCUCGGCCCCGGCGUCAAGCAGGAGGCGGGCGGGCGGCCGCGCGGCGGCUCGCUCUCCAAGUACGAGCUGGACGCCGCCGCCGCCGCCGCCGCCUCCGCGCACGAGCGCAAGGACUCCCUGUCCAUCGUCAGCACCGGCAGGACGUCGCGCCUCUCCUCCGUAGGUUCGGCGGCGUCGGGGGCGUCUAGCGCGGCGUCGCACCUGUCGGUGGCGUCGUCGGGGGGCGGGCGGUCGCCGUCGCCGCACAAGAUGCUGCUCGAGACGUCCUUCUGCGGCUCCAAGCCGCUGCUGGCGCAGCCCAGCAUCGAGCUGGACGAGCUGCCGCCCAGCGCCAAGGAGGCCAUCGCACAGGUGGACGGGUCGAUGCUGGGGGCGGCGGCGUGCGGCGACGGCGACGGCCCGCCGCUGCCGCUGCUGCUGCCCAACGUCAGCCCCGUGGUCAGCCCCGCGGAGCGCGAGCUGCUCGCCGCCAAGGAGCGCGCGCUCGCCGAGGAGGUGCGCCGCCCUCCCCCUGCCCUCUGCACGCUCCGCCCUUCUUCUUCCGUGGUGCGCGAGCUGGAGAGCCGGCGGGCCGAGAAGCCGGCGGCGCCCGCGUCGCUCAGCCUGCCGGUGUCGCCGCCGCCCACGGGCGCCGCCCCCUCGCGCACGCCGUCGGCGUCGCCCAAGCCGUCGCGCCGCCCCCAGCGCGGCGCCCUGCGCGACGCCGACUCGCGCACGCCGUCGCCCGGCUCCGUGUCGCGCAAGAGCUCGUUCGCAUCGCUCUUCCGCAGGGGCGGCGGGGGCGGCAGCAGCGGGGGCGGCGAGACCACGCCCUCCACCGUCGUCAGCCCGGAGUCGCCCACAGGCUCCACCGGUGUCCGCCGUAACAAGUCCGGCAGCAGCUUCUCCACCAUCCUGGGCGACGGCUUCCGCGAGAGGUCGCGGUCUCGCAGCAAGAGCCGCGAGCGCCAGCAGCCGGCGCAGCAGCAGGAGGCCAAGCCGCGCUCCAAGGGCGUCUUCUCGGCGCUAUUCAAGAAGAAGGACCGCAAGAAGGCCGGACACGCAGAGCAGCCGUCUCCGGGAGACCUGCCGUCGCCGGAGUCCAGGGUGCCGCAGCAGGCGGCGGAGCCGCUGGCGACAGUCGAGUUCAAAUUCGACUCGGAGGCGGAGGCGCCGGCGCCACCUGCCGCCGCCGCGGCCGCCAGCCAGCCUCCAGCCGCCGCCGUGGUGCACAGGCCGGAGCGGCGCGGCAGCGGCAGCGGCGGCGGCGGGGGCGGCGCGGGGGCGGAGGAGGCGCAGGCGCACCGGCGGGCCGCCUCCAACAAGCGGCGCGCCAUGCACGAGGCGCAGCUGCUGCCGGCCGAGUGCCAGGGGCUCGCGGACGUCAUCGCGGGCUCCGGGCUCGACAGUGAUUCUAAAAUCAACAACCAGACCGGGCGAGGUGGUGCAGUGCCGCCCCCGCCACCCCCGCACAAGAAGUCCCAGCAGCAGCAGCAGCAGCAAGCGGAGGAGAGGGAGAGGGAGGCAGGGGCGGAGCGGCCGCCGGCGGAGCCGCCGCGCCAGCAGCGGACGCCGUUCCGGUCGGAGCGCGAGCAGGAGGAGCGGCUGAGCGAGCUGCGCAAGCUAAAGCCGCGCCGCCCGCCGGAGGAGGGGCAGCAGCAGCAGCAGCAGCAGCCGCCGCAGGCCAGGCCCCCGCUGGACGCGCCGCCCGCAGACCUGCCGGAGCCCGCCGGCGCCGCCGAGAGGCGCGACCGGCAGCCCGACACCGCGCAGGCGAGUCUCUCCUUCCCACCUCUGUACACGGUGCGGCCGGCGGAGAGUGUGGCAGUGGUGGAGCUGCAGCCGGAGUGUCCCCCGGAGGCUGGACCUGAGGCGGUGAAGCCGCCGUCGCUGGACGCUGAGGCAGGCGGUGGGCAAGUACAGCUGGGCGGCUGCAGCGUGGCCCACCAGGCGCUCUCCGAGGAGGUCUCCCCGGCCGGCAGCGCCGUCCUCCCAGCACAGGCGGCGGCGAGCACGGAGGAGGAGCGCAUGUCGUCCGACUCGGAGGCGGAGUUCGCGCGCGUCGCGGCCGCCGUGCUGGGGGCGGAGCCCGCGCCGCUGCUGGCCGCCGCGGGGGCGGAGGAGGCGGACGCCGACGGCGACGGCGAGCGCCAGGGGCUCGUGCUGCAGGACUCGUUCGAGGGCGAGCUCCCCUACGUGCCCACCACGCUGCCCCAGGAGCGGUCUGUGGCGGUGCCGAUGCUGCCGGUGCGGCAGCGGUCGGCGGCCGAGGUGCACACCUGCCGGAUCGAGCGGCCGCGCUCCACCACGCCCAUCAACCCUGCGCUGCUGGACGAGUACGUGCAGCACGAGGCGCCCGCGCCGCCCCCCCCGCCCGCCGCAGCCGCAGCCGCGGCCCCCGCAGACGCCGGCACGCCGCAGCAGCACGCCAGGGCGCGCAGCCCCCGCAGCAGGACGCCAUCCGGGAGGUCAUGGUUCGAGUUCGCGGAGCAGGGCGCCGGCCUGCAGAGCCCGCGCGAGGGCCGCAAGCCGUCGCUGUCCGCGUCGUCGCCGUCGCCGCCGCCGCCGCCGCUGCCGCCGCGCGCCAACCCGCCGCCCCCGCCGCCGCCGCCCCCGCAGCCCGCCGCCCCUGCAGCGCGCCAGUGGAUCAACUUCGAGGAGAUCCCCGAGAAGCGCAAGCCGCCGCGCCGCAUCCAGACGCUGCCCGCCUCCACGGCGGGACCGCCCGUCGUCUACAGCUAUGUCGAUCCAGAAGAGUGUGAGUGUGAGUGCCAUGAGACUUCUGGUGGCAAGGGUCGGUCCCACUCUGCAGCCUCCACCUCAAAAAAGAAGAAGGACAAGGACAAGGACAAGGACAAGGACAAGGACAAGGAGAAGGAGAAGGAAAGAGAUAAAGAGAAGGAUAGAGAAAAAGUAAAAAGUGACGAAAGAACGAGAAGUAGAAGCCGCAGUCGGAGCCACAGCAGGAGCCGAGAAGUGGUAGCUGGAGAUGGAAAGACUGCAAAUGUGAACAAGGAGCAGAGGCAGACGGCCCCCACAUCAUCUCCAACAGCUGAAGCUCACCACCACCAUCACCAGCAGCCGCAGCAGCAGCAGCAGCAGCAGCAGCAAACUGCUUCCUCUACCGCGGACCGACUGGAGGUUACAGACGUUGCUGACAGGAACUCCUACCUCAGUGACUCUUCUUAUGAAUUUCCCAAUUCAUAUUCGAUAGAUACUAGUGAUUAUUCGGAUGGUCUGAAGCCAAUGAAGCCAUUUGGUAUGGACCUGGAUGUGACCAGUAACAGGAGUAGCAUCAUUUCUCAGCAGGAUGAGACGCAGUCUCCUGAGGUGGGCUCUCCAAAUGGGAAUGAGACAAAACAUCGCCAGUAGUCACCCUCGAUUAGAAGAUGUGAAAGUGAGUGUUGUAGAAGAAAUUUAGAUACCAUCUGAACAUUAUUCUGCUGUUCUGCUCAAAGUUUGGUAUAUUAUUAAUGGCACUGCCAGUGUCCAUUCUCUGCAACAGCAUUUUUUUAGUGUUGUGUUUAAUGAUGAUGUACAGUAAAGGCUCUACACAUAUGGAAUAAACACCAUUGUUUUAGUGGAGUAUUUCACUUUACAGUUUAUUUUCUCAUUUUUUGGAAUCUUUUGAUGCUGUAAUAGUUUUUACCUUAGUCAUAUUGUCUGUAAGUUUUCAGCUGUUAUGCAGGUAUAUCUAUAUUUGUUUCUAAGUUCUGAUUUUAGAAAACACAGUGAGAAGAGAGUGCUGUGUGAUCUGUACAUUAUGAGCAUCUCCAAUGCUGGAGUCUAAUAAGAAUAUGUCCCGUAAUGUUCCUAAUGAAUUCCUACAUUUGAUGUUACUCAAACUCAGUACUUGUCCUAUGCUUAAUAAAAGAAACAUACCCCUCUGUUAUACAGCUGUUAUCAAGUAAAGCAAUUGCAGUGUGAGACUCUGUAGUUCACUUUCAGAGAAAUGUGUACUAUAACACUUCUCUGUGCACCACUACUAUCAUGAAGUUUGACUGCCUUAUAAUCUAAAACUUCUAGUAGUCAUUUCCUAGAGGAACAUUAUGACGCUUUACUUCUGUAGAAAGAACUGCACAUUACCUGCUUAUGGUGGGAGGAGGAGGAGUGUGGAAGAGGGAGAGGAAGAGAGAGAGAGAGAGAGAGAGAGAGAGAGAGAGAGAGAGAGAGAGAGAGAGAGAGAGAGAGAUUGAGUUUGUAAGUGUGUGUGUGUGUGUGUGUGUGUGUGUGUGUGUGUGUGUGUGUGUGUGUGUGUGUGUGUGUGUGUGCGUGAGAGAGUGAGAGAGAGAGAGAGAGAGAGAGAGCGAGAGAGCGGGGAGGGGGGGGGGGGGAGACAGAGAGAGAGAGAGAGAGAGAGAGAGAGAGAGAGAGAAAUGGAGGAUUCUCACUUAACAUGUGUGUAAGCCUUUGGAAUAAAAUAUGAAGGUACUUUAUUGUUGACCAAAUCAGUCUCUGACUGCUGUAUGUUAUAUGUAGAAUCUCUUUGUACAAUGUAUGUAAAUUGAUAUUUAUGUAUUACACUGAUAAUAUAUGUGUGUGUAUGAUUACUGAUACAGCAUAAUGUUUAUUGUUGUUAAAAGUGUAUAAAAUGAUACUGAGUGUUUGUGCUAUUCUAAAAGUGUGUAUGUAGUAUGAAUUUAAAUAAUUUUUGCUGCUGUGGCUUGUUUCUGGUGUUUACUACAGAAGUUGAGAGAGUACAAUUUAUGUUACUUCAAGAAAGUUGUUUGAAAUAAUGUCCCAUUUUAAAAUUGACCAGGUUGUUACAAGAUGUUUCAGCAUUAAAAACAGAACUUAACUAAAGGAACAUAUUAAAUCAUGAAUAUUUCAUUUUUCUACUUUUUUACAUAAUCAAUUUGAACUUUUGAUGUGAAUAAAUUUAAAGAAACAUUAUAUCAAAGUUCAUAUAGUACAACAUAAUUUCAUGUUUGCUUGAAACAGGUUCUCAUUCCUGACAAGUUUUCUAAAUAUUUUUAAGCUAUGUAAUGUCUAUAUCCUGUUAGUGAGUUCAAGUAUCUUCCAAAAUGAACUAAAAACAAAAAAACAAAAAAAAUGAGGAGCCUCUUCUCUGCAGGCAUGCUAUAGCAUGAUUUGUUGCAUUGCUAACUGACUGAAAUUGAACUGAGCAUUUAUAUUAGCAAUGCCUGGACUGAUAUCACUUUACAAACUGUGUUUUUAUACAGCCUUUUGAUUGCUUUAAGAUUUUUAAGCAAUAAAAUAAGUGAUAAUACAUCACAAUCAACAUAUGUGCAUCUUCUCAUGUGGAAAACAAUUAAUGUAAAGGGGCUUCUUGGUUUUACUUCAUCAAGGAAGACACACACACACAUUCUAGGAGAGUACAUCAACAUCACAUUGAAAUUGUAGAAACACUCUCUUAUAACUUGAAUUUACUUGAAGCUGUCUCUGUGUCCUGGUUCUCUCUUUGGUAAUUAAGAGAAUGCAGCAACAAAACCUGUGAUACAAUCAAAAUCUAAAGAUCAUACUUGAAAAAUAACUUCAAAACAUUAGCUAUAUUUGUUCUCUGAGUUCAUGUAUCAUGUAGUUCAUGAAUACCUCAUUUGAUGUGGUUGUAAAUUAUUUUAGGUUCUAAAACAUUAGAAUAAUUUGUUCUAAAAAUAUUACAUAUGUGUGUUAUGAACUAAGUAUAAGCUGACACAAAUUGUGAAAAUGUUAGUUAUUAUUCCAGAUUCUUGACUGAAACAAUUUGACUCAUUAUCAAUAAUUUUGUUCCUCAAGUAUUCUAAAUACUUCAGCUUCUGUUAUUUGAUAUUGAUUGAGUAUGUGCUAUGUGUAAAAUACUACCAUUAGCUCUGUGCUGUGUGUAAACUGUCACCAAGGAAUACUGUUACCUGUAAUGGUAAUAUCAUUCAUCACAAUGAAAUGUUAGACCCACUUUUGUGAAUUAAGUGUAUCAAAAACUGUUAGCCAUCUUGGUAAUGUAAUCUGAAAAUUAAGGAAACAUGCUUUGUUUGUUACUUGAAGUAUUCAGGCUUUUAUGUUUUUAAUAAUCAAUUACUCACAGCACAGUCUACUGCUUUUCUUUUAACUCUACUUGUUUUAUUAAGAUUUACAAUUUUUCUCAUGAUUUGGUAUGUAGGAUAUCUGCACCUGAGAAGCAUAAUAAUUAAUUAACAAAGACCCACAUCAGUUGUACUAAUAUUUCAGGUGUAUGAAACAAGCCAUUGUUUGCAUAAAUAUUAGUACAAUUGAAGUGAUCUCUCUAAAUUGACUGUCACUAUAAUUUUUCAUUGAAAUUUGUUGCUCUGUUAUCAAAGGGUUCUGAGGUACAAUAGAUUGGGAAGUGCUACAGUCAGAAAAUGUAUGACCCCAAACAACUUGUGUUUACAGUUGCUUUGUCUUCUGUGACAGAGUUUAGACUUAAUGGUAGAACUGAUGCUCCAUUUAGUAUGAUUUCGUCAUUUCUAUUAAACCUAUUGUCAUGAUUUUGAAUUUUAACAUCAUCCCUGGAAAACAUAGUAAUAAUCUGAUUAGACCGACCAGGUUGUGACUGAAAUGGAUGACUGAAUGACAACAUUUAAUUUAUGUUCACUCAUUGCCGAAUUCUUUUUCGUUCUUUGUUUACUGUCUGAGAUUCUAAAUAAUAAUAUUUAAACACUUAUUGGUUCCAACCUAUACUCUUCCAGAGAUAUGAGGGAUUCAAUACACUUUCCAUACCAUGACAGGUUUGUGGAGUUUCAGUGAACACUACCAUUAUGAAGCACCUAUGAUAAAACAGAUAAGAAGAGGUGAAGGAUUCUACACUAAAAGGAAGUGACCAUGUCACCAAUUUUAGUAAUAUAACAGUACUGAUUAAACUUGAAAAUUGGCUCAUUCAUUUAACCACAGAGAUUACAGAAACAGUGAAACAUAUCUGUUUUCAAUAUAAAGGAGGCAAAUCUAAAAGUAAUUGAUAAGUGGAUGUUACUGACACAUGUAAUAAACAAAGCAAAAUCUGCACUGUAUUUAGGUUAUAUUUGUGAGAAUUCCAUUUUCAUGCACAGAAACGAUAUUGGCAACCCAGCUGGGCACCUACAUGCAUAUCCUCUACAAAGAUCAACAGCUAAAUUUUGUGUCACCACAGUAAAAGCAUCACACAUGGCUAAUGGAAGUCAGUGCUUGCCAAAGGUCAAAACUGUUGAUUGUGGCCACAAGUUUCUUCAAACCAGUAUGAUUUUCAAACAAUGUAAACUUCCUUAAAAAAUUGGAAACAUUAUCCCUUGGCCAACCGAUCAAUUUGUUCACUAUGUUCUUUCCCUCUCUCAUUACAAGUACAUUGCUGAAAUAAGUAACUGCAAUACAAGAUCACUGAAGCAUUGUUACUUUUUGUAUAUUUCAUUCCAAAUGUAUGUUAAAAUAAUUAGUACUUUUUAAAGAACUGUAACAUAUCAGAGAAGAAUACAUUCUCCCUUGUAGACAUCUGUGUUAAUAUUGCUUGAAUGAAAGAUAGCUGUCUAAUUAAUAGAAUGUUGUGCAUUGUUAUUUUUUUUAAAUUUCUACAGUUAUGUGCUAUAAUAUCAUUAUGAUAGGUAGUCUUCUGAUAUAUUAAGAUGGUUUAUGUUUUUCUUAUUAUGAAGGACAGUUAAAGACUCAUGUAGAUAGUGCAUAAAAGUGUGAUCGAGCACAGGUGCUCCUAAAAGGAAAUAUGUGGCUUAUGGUCAAUCAGAAGAGAACUUUUAUUUCUCAUAUAUUACUGAGAAGUAUUACAAUAGAAAAAGUGACUGAUACAAGGUAAGCACAUAUAAGUGACCAGGUAAUAUUUUACUGAUGUAUGAAAAAGUAAUCAUGAAAUAGACAAAAACAAUAUUUUAAGGCUCUUGUGGGAUAUGAGCAAGAAUGUAUAGAGCUCAUAUUUCAUUUUACUCUCAGUGAGAGCAAUGUUAAAGCCCUGACCCAUGGCUAUCACUAGCUGAAAGGCAAAAUAAAGACUUACAAUCAAACAGAAAGUUUGUUCUUAUUUAAAGAACUGUACAUUAGUGUAAAAAUGAGGAAAGAAGUGAAUGGGGAAGCUAAGGAGUGCAAAGGAAGUAGUAUGUGUGCCUGAGCAGAUUAAUGGACUAAAAUGAAAACAGAGAGGACAAACUGAUAAAUUUUGUAGCUGUUUCAAAGUGAGGAAAUGCAAAGUAUUGUUAAUGGGGAAAAUAGCAAAUGAAACAUCUUUUGCAAUAAUGCAGUAGGUCCCAUUCUAUUUUGUGUUCCUAAUGCUUUCUGCUGACAGGUAGCUCAUGUCCCUUGUAGUUCUAAUUCAUAUGUACACUGUAAUACUAUCUACUAUGAUUGGCUCUGUAAAACAUGAUCAGUUUUACCUGUAACUGUGAC